UGAGUUCUUCAGGCUAAGUUGUUUGCUCCGAUGAACACCGUUGAGUCUCCAAUGAACCAUACAAAAUAUAAUGAUAUCAUUUCAACCCUUCCUCGUCAAGAAAAUGUCUUUGGGCCACUACUCGAUCAAUACAUCCAUGAAUACCAAGGCUUUUGGUUCCGUACAAGUUUGCUGGAAAACAUCAUGUCAGUGCAGGAAAACUUCAUACCUCAACCUAAUGAUAUUAUCAUUUGCACCCAUCCAAAAUGUGGAACCACUUGGCUCAAAGCCUUGUGUUCUGCCAUUUUGACAAGAACACAGUUCAACGAUUUCUCCUCAAAUCCACUGUUCACCAAGUCGCCACAUGACAUUGUUCCUUGGAUUGAAAUUUCCGUUCAGAGAAACUCUGAACUUUCACUUUUUGCUACACACAUUCCCUAUACUUCCUUGCCCAAAUCUAUUGUAGAAUCCAAGUGUAAAAUUGUUUAUCUCUCAAGAGAUCCUAAGGAUUUGUUUAUUUCGAUUUGGCAGUUUGUUUGCAAGUUACGUAAGGAAGCCAUUCCCUUGGAGACAGCAUAUCAGUAUUUUUGCAAAGGAAUAAAUAUUUAUGGACCUUGUUGGGAUCAUAUUUUAGGAUACUGGAAAGCAAGCCUUGAAUUUCCAGAGAGAAUACUCUUUAUAAAAUAUGAAGAUCUAAUGAAUGAUACUUGCUCCUACGUCAAAAGAUUGGCUGAAUUCUUGGAUUUUCCUUUCUCUGCAGAAGAAGAGAGACAAGGGUUAGUGCAAAAAAUUGUCAACUUGUGCAGCUUUGAGACUCUAAGCAAUUUGGAAGUGAACAGAAAUAGCUUAGAGAACUCUGCAACAGGAGCUCUCAAAAUUGAAAACAAUGCAUUCUUUAGGAAAGGUAAAGUUGGUGAUUGGAAGAACUAUUUGACAGCUGAAAUGGGAGCUCACCUUGACCAAAUAACUGAGCAAAAGUUCAGUGGUUCUGGAUUAUCUUUUCAAGCCCAAGAUUUGCAGUGUCUCAGUGAAGGCAAAUCUUAAUGAAGUACCAUAUGUCCCUGUCAUUCACGUCCGUACGUAUGGAUGCGUCCGAAUUUCUCUCUACGCCAGACGGUCAUUUAAUUCCCCUGGCGCGGGCUUGCUGUCCUCCUUCAUAUCACAUCAUCACGAGCUUCUUUUUACUGAACCCUCGCGGAUGACCAGUCUAUCACGCAUGUCUGAAUUAGAGUCGAAGAGGCUGAACCAAUCGACAAAAAAAGCUUCAUGGGCUUUGGACCGGCGCUGUCCUCUUGAAUUCGGUCUUGUCCAGUGAUGAUGAGAUUCGGCGAUCAUCAAUAAUAAUUUUAUAUUGAC